GCACGCCGCGUAGCCAUGGUGGUGACGGCCGCCGCCGCCGUCCCCCCCCUGGCCCAGGCCUACGGGGCCCACCUCCCGGCGGUGCCCGAGUGGCUCAACAAGGGCGACAACGCGUGGCAGAUGACGGCGGCGACCCUGGUCGGGAUCCAGAGCAUGCCGGGCCUCGUGAUCCUCUACGCGAGCAUCGUCAAGAAGAAGUGGGCCGUGAACUCGGCCUUCAUGGCCCUCUACGCCUUCGCGGCGGUCCUCAUCGUCUGGGUCCUCGUCGGGUACCGGAUGGCCUUCGGGGACCGCCUCCUCCCCAUGUGGGGCAAGGGCGCGCCCGCCCUCGGCCAGAAGUACCUCAUACGCCGGGCCAAGGUGCCCGGCACGCUGGAGACGCCCGCUGACGAGCCCUUCUACCCCAUGGCCACGCUCGUCUACUUCCAGUUCCAGUUCGCAGCCAUCACCAUGAUCUUGCUCGCCGGCUCGGUCCUCGGCCGGAUGAACAUAAAGGCCUGGAUGGCCUUCGUGCCGCUCUGGCUGAUCUUCUCCUACACCGUCGGCGCAUAUAGCCUGUGGGGCGGCGGUUUUCUCUACCGAUGGGGCGUCAUCGACUACUCCGGCGGCUACGUCAUCCACCUCUCGUCGGGCAUCGCCGGGUUCACCGCGGCUUAUUGGGUCGGGCCGAGGCUGAAGAGCGACCGAGAGCGGUUCUCUCCUAACAACGUCCUGCUCAUGCUGGCCGGGGCGGGCCUGCUGUGGAUGGGCUGGUCCGGGUUCAACGGCGGGGCCCCGUACGCGGCGAACAUCACCGCCUCCGUCGCCGUCCUCAACACCAACAUAUGCGCGGCCACGAGCCUCCUGAUCUGGACAUCGCUCGACGUCGUGUUCUUCGGGAAGCCGUCGGUGAUCGGGGCGGUCCAAGGGAUGAUGACGGGUCUAGUUUGCAUCACGCCCGGAGCAGGCGUCGUGCAAUCGUGGGCGGCUAUAGUAAUGGGGAUGCUUUCUGGCAGCAUUCCAUGGGUCACUAUGAUGAUACUCCACAAGAAAUCUAGUCUUCUUCAAAAGGUCGACGACACGCUAGGCGUGUUCCACACGCACGCUGUCGCCGGAUUGCUUGGGGGGCUUCUCACCGGGCUCUUGGCCGAGCCGGAGCUCUGCGAUCUCAUACUGCCGGUCCCGGACUCGAGGGGCGCGUUCUAUGGCGGCUCGGGCAGGGUCCAGUUCUUGAAGCAGAUCGUCGCGGCCUUGUUCGUGAUCGGGUGGAACAUACUCUCUACGACCAUCAUUUGCCUCGGCAUUCAGCUGGUCGUGCCGUUGAGAAUGCCCGACGAGCAGCUCAUGAUAGGCGACGACGCGGUCCACGGGGAGGAGGCUUAUGCGCUCUGGGGCGACGGAGAGAAGUACGACCCGACGAGACACGGCUGGAACAACUCGUCGUCUCAUGCGGUGGAGCUCAUGGCGCCUUCGCCGUAUAUAAAUGGCGCUAGAGGCGUAACCAUUAAUCUGUGAGCUCGCUGCUUGUUCUCGCUCGAUCGUGCAAUGCGCGGACGUACUCUUGGAGGACGAAUCGACUGUAUAUAAAUGUUUCGGCGGCGCGAGAAUUCGAGGCUUAUCAAGGAAGUUGUCUUGUUGUAGUCAAACCUUAAAUGACACUCAUAGUGU